AUGGAGGACAAGGCUCAACAAAAGGCAGUGAAGUAUCUCCAGCAGGAGCGCGAGGAAAUGCAAGCCAUGUUCGAUGACAAGUUUUCCGAGCUCUACGACGACCAGCAGCGCUGGGAGACGCAGCGUUCAGUCAUGCACGAGCAGCUCGCGGCGCAGUACGCGGAUCGAUUCGCAAAGGCAAAAGCGGAUAUGCAGCAGCAUCUUUUCAACGUCAUGUCAACGAUGCUGUCGUACCAAGAGCAGUGCGAGGCGGACUGGCUGCAGACAAGGGCGAAGGAGCUGGCAGAUCUCAGCAGAGAGCGCGCGGCCUACAGGCAGCUGGUCGAGUCUCAUAAGGCCACCGACAUGGCGCAGGUGCAGGCGCAAGUUGAGGCAGCGCUCCGUGCUGAGCGCGACGCCCUGGCCGAGCGCGAGCGGAUCAUGCAGCAAACCCUGCAAGCUAACCGGAAGGCCAUCGAGGAUGGAGCUAUGCAACAUGCUGCGCGACUGCUAGAGGCGCAUGAACGCGUCCUCGCGGAGGCAAGCCGCAAGCACGCACAGGAACAGCAAGAGAAGUGGGGGAAUCUGCAGAAUACUUUGCUGGAGAAGACAUGGGAGAUGGAGGCGGGGCAGCAGGCGGUGGCGCAGCAGCUCCAACGCGAGCACGAGGCGGUGCUGCAGAAGGAACGGCAGCGGUGGAAGACAGAGGCGGAGCAGCAACGCGUAGAGGCGCAGGGGCAGCAGCAGCGACUGGUCGAGCGGCUCCGUCAGCAAGAAGUGGAGCUGCGGAGUAAGCACGAAACAGUGAUUGAGGAGGAGCGGCGGCGCCAUGACACCCUUGUGGCGGAGCUGCGCAAAGAGCACGACCGCCGCUUUGUAGAAGAUAGGCAGCGGAGUGAAACCACACUGCGCGAACGCGAGGCCGCCUUUGAGGCGGAGCGUCGCCGCCUUGUGGAGCGCAUGGAGAAGCAGAACAGUCUGCAGCAGGAGUCGACCAACGAGCGGAUUCGGGCGCUGAAGGAUGAGUACAAUGCUAUGAUGCGCAACGUGGCGGAAAAAUCGCAGCAGAGCCAACAGGAGUACCUGAUGAGGGUGACAGAGCUCGAGGAGCAGCACCUGCACCGCCUGCAGGAGCAGGAGCAGGAGCUGCAGCGCAAGUACGACGAGAGCCUCACGGCAGUGCGCACGGCGCUGGAGAUGCGGGUGCGAGAGCAAGCUGUGUUGGAGGUGGACGCGCAGCGGCGCCUAGAGGAGCAGCGAGAGAGCCUGCGGGAGGAGGUUGAGGUGAAGUACCGCGCCUUCAUUGAGGAGCAGCUGGAUCGGGUGCGUGCAGAACAGAAAGAACGCGAGGCGGCCGCACAGCGCCUGGAACAAAUGUACCACAGCAACCUUGCCGAGCUGCGGCGGGAUAUGGAGGAGACGCUGUCGUCAUACUUCGCGCAGUCCGACAGCCAAUCACGGGAGGCCGCAACGCGGGCGCGCAGCGACUUUGAGAAUAAGCUGCAGCAGUUCUACGGGCUGGUGGAGCAGGAACGAAAGCAACAUGCCGCCCUGGAGGAGCAGCUCCGCGAGGCGCAGGCACAGACGGACGCGCUGCGGCUGACGCACGAGCAGCAGAAACUGGCGGCGCUGCGCGAGAUGCAGGAGCGGUACGAACGGCUGUACCAGGAGAUGCACGAGGCGUGCCGCACGGAGCGGGAGGAGUUGGCGCGGCGUGCCCUCGGCGAGGAAGAGCAGCGCCUGCUUAGGGAACUCACAGCCCUUGAGGAGAGGCGGCGCCGCCACAGCAACGAGAUCUCGCCGUACACUUCCACACCGGCAGCAGCAGCAACAACAACAACAGGACGCUGCUCCUCGCUGCACGAGGGUAGUCCGGCAUCCAGACUACAACGCGUGGCUGAGGAGGCUGCCUCCCACCACCUUCUGCGGUCCGCGCAACGAACACCGCAGAACAGGGGUCCAACCGACGAUCAUGCUGAGGUGGCUUCUUACAUCGAUGACGACAAGCUGCGUCAGCUGUGGUCUGUGUUGGAAGUCCCAGAGGCGGAGCAGCAGCAGACGCUGCGGCGCUGGGCGCACCUCCCGCCGCAGCAGCGUGCGGUUGAGGUGCAGAAGGAGAAACGGCAACUGGAGCUGCAGCUGCCACUCCUGGAGGUGGUAACGCGGCGCGAAUUUGUCCUGCACCGGCUGAGGGAGCUAGAGAAGAGCCCGUCCAGCAGCAACGGCAGUAUAAGUGGACAGAUGGAGGAGCUGCACAAGGAACUGUUGAGGUUGACAGAGCACCUCAAGACUGAAAUACCGCGUCAUGAGGCGAUGUACGGCUGCACGUUCCGCUUCCGUGGGACGCGCUACAUGAACACGUUACUGAACGAUGUCUCGGCGCAGUCCUUCUGA